CUGAUCCUUAGUUUGAAGGAAGGUCACCUGUUUGACUGGAUUGCUCUGGUCAAGGUGCUGAGUUGGUGGAGUCUCCAAAUCAUGGCUUUGCCAUUCUGGAGCCUGUAUUCAAAAUCCUGGCUCCAGGUCUCUGGGUCCCAGUGUUUUGGGAUCCAGCAGCUUGGGAUGGGGGAGAAUUAGGGUCCUGGGAUCUUGGAUCUGGGUCAUGGGCCACGAUCUCAGAUCGGGGUACCAAAUUGAGGUCAAGGUAGGCUCAGAGUUAACCCACAUUGAUGGGUUAAGGUCUUAGUGUUAGAAUUGAGUGCUAAGGGUCAAGAUAAGAUUCUAAGUGUUUAAACUUAGGUGGAGGCCUCUGCUCAAGGUCUUAGGUAGGCCUGAGGUCAAGAGCCUGAGGCCAGGUUAUGGAGUUAGGGUCUUUGGUUAGUGACCCGCUUAGGGGAUUUCUGGUUGCUAUUCAGAGACAGAGUCCAAAGGAAAGGGGUCAGGGUACAAGGUCAGGGCAUGCAGUCAGGACUGUGUGGUCUGGGUUAGGGUUUCUACACAGGUUAUGUUGCUCAGCAUCUAGUGUUGAAGGUCCAACACUCAGUGACCAGGGACCUAGUUCCUGGCUCAGAGGUGAGGUCACAGGCCCUUGUUGCAGUACGGUAUUCAAGAUUGGUGGCUUGGAUCAGGGCACAGAGUCAGGGUUGGAGGUGUGUGCCUGGUCCUAGUGUUGGAGUGCCUGAUCAGUGUAAUAGCUUCUGAAUCAUGGGCCCAGGCUCAGGGUUAGGGAUUCUGGUGGGGUCCAGUGUUUGCUGUUGAGGCCUCGGGUCAGGGCAUGAGGUUAGGGUUGGAGGACCUGGUUCUGGGGUUGAGAAUCUGGAAAUUGAGUUUCUAAUUAGAGUCAUAAUAUUUGACAACCAGGUCCAGACACAUAGUUGGAGUCAAGGUUCAAUCUCUGGCUCUGGGGCUGAAGGUGAUGGCUGGAAAUCUUACCCUGAAGUUGGGGGUCUGGUGUGGUGUCUCCUAUCAGGAUCCAGAGCCAGAGCACAAGUAUUAAGUUUGGGAAGGCCAGUCCUGGGGUUGAGGGUCAACAGUUGGUGCAAUGGGUUCAAAUCCAGGGAUGGGGUCAUGGGUCAAGAUACAGAGGUCAAAUUAGAGAGGUUUGGGUUUGGGGAUUGGUGUUUUGGGCCUGGGUCUAGUGUCCCAGGUGGCUGCAUGGGAUUGGGGACUCUAGCCCAUCCCAUCAGUCUCCUGCCAGGCAGCUUCCCUGUCCCUCAGGCCCCGCAGGGCGCCCCCCGCCGCUGAGGAUGAGUCACUGCAGCAGCCGUGCCCUGACCCUGCUGAGCAGUGUGUUUGGUGCGUGUGGCCUGCUGCUGGUGGGCAUUGCGGUCAGCACUGACUACUGGCUGUACAUGGAGGAGGGAACAGUGCUGCCGCAGAACCAGACCACGGAGGUCAAGAUGGCGCUGCACGCCGGCCUCUGGCGCGUCUGCUUCUUCGCAGGCCGGGAGAAGGGUCGCUGCGUGGCCUCGGAAUAUUUCCUUGAACCGGAGAUCAACUUGGUGACGGAAAACACGGAGAAUAUUCUGAAGACAGUGCGCACAGCCACUCCCUUCCCUAUGGUCAGCCUCUUCCUCGUGUUCACCGCCUUUGUCAUCAGCAACAUCGGCCACAUCCGCCCACAGAGGACCAUUCUGGCCUUCGUUUCUGGCAUCUUCUUCAUCCUAUCGGGCCUCUCCUUGGUGGUGGGCUUGGUUCUUUACAUUUCCAGCAUCAAUGACGAGGUCAUGAACAGGCCCAGCAGCUCUGAGCAGUAUUUCCACUAUCGCUACGGGUGGUCUUUUGCCUUCGCUGCUUCCUCCUUCCUACUCAAAGAGGGGGCUGGCGUGAUGUCCGUGUACUUGUUCACCAAGCGCUACGCCGAGGAGGAGAUGUACCGCCCGCACCCGGCCUUCUACCGCCCGCGUCUCAGCGACUGCUCCGACUACUCGGGCCAGUUCCUGCAGCCCGAGGCGUGGCGCCGCGGCCGCAGCCCCUCCGACAUCUCCAGCGACGUGUCCAUCCAGAUGACGCAGAACUACCCCCCCGCCAUCAAGUACCCAGACCACCUGCAUAUCUCCACCUCGCCCUGCUGAGGCCCCGCCACUCGGAGCUCUCCUGCUCCACUUCCUCCUCACCGGUCUCCCUGAAGCGCAGCUCCGCUCCGUCGCGGAACUCCUGGCUCCCACGUGGUGGAUGCUGUUCAGGCUUUAGCCCCGCCCCCCACUGUGACCCCGCCCCGUCGCCCUAGCUCCUCCCCCUUCCUGGCCUCUCCAUUUCACUGGACCCUCCUUCCAGAUGGCUACUCACCCUUUUCCGUAGGGCCUGCCCGCUUCCUCUGGCCCCGUCCCUCCCAACCAAUUAUUGCCUCCGGCGUUUCCGGGCUCUGCGCACCUGCCUCAGAGCGGCUCGCCUCUGCUGAGUCCCCUAAUCUGCUGCCUCCACGCAGGGGUGCUGGGCUGAAGAGUAGGGUCCGGCAGCCGCCAGGAAUGCCAACUAUCCUCUUCUCCCCUCUGCCCGGACUUCUCUCUUUCCUGGACCAGUCUCACCUCCAGACCUUGAGGUCCUUGAGCGCAGUGGGGGACUUCCUUGCUCCGCCUACACCUCGAGGGUGGGCUGGAGGCUGGAGGCUGCGGGUGUGGUUCAUCUGGUCUCCCCCUACAUUUCUCUGCUUCCCUGGAGACCCCCUUCUUUCUCAUCGACUGGGCUCUUCUAGGCCUCCAGAAGGUUACUUGCCUUUCAGGGGGCGCUGUCCAAUCGAUCUUGCUUUCUCAGCUGUCCUUAGCUUCUCUUUCCUCCUCUCCACCACUCAUCCAAAGCCACUGGGUGCAUCCAGCCCCGCCCACCACAUGUCAAGACUGGAGACCCUAGGGAGAGGGAAUUCCAUGCCAUUUCCACAUCUGUGCCCGCCUCUUCCCCCUUGAGGCUUCUCAAGGGAGGCAGAGGCAGUAGCGGGGGUCAACACCCCCUAAACCUCGAAGUCUUCCAUUUUCUGGCACUCCCCCUCAUUGAAGUCCCCCUUCCCAUCUUAGACCCCCCAACUCUGGCCUCUUUCAAAGGUCCGUUUUUCCUCUUGGACAGAUUUGGGGGAGGGUCCCAGAAAUUCGCCCACCCCCCCUUAUUAGGGGAGAGGGGCGAGGUAGCACAGUGUUGUACACGGAACCAGAAAGGCCCCCG